AUGGGUUUGAAGACCGUGCUGCUGCUGUUACAAGACUUGUGGGGGGUGUGGGGGAUUCAGUUAUUGUUCACCGCAAGCUUUGCCUGCCAGAUUGUUCUCGCAAUAUUAGGGGGCCGUCGGAAAUAUAUGACAUCGGAUUUAGCUGGAAUCGUCAUAUGGGUCACAUACUUGCUCCUUUCUUACUUUGCAACAGUGGCUCUAGGCAAGCUUACUGUUGUCCAAAUCGAUGAUCCUAAGAAUCCGGGUUACGAUGUGGUGUUGGAAGGUCUAUUGGCCCCGCUGCUUCUGAUACAACUCGGGUACACAGACAGCAUGACGGCCUAUGCGGUGGAAGAUAACCGGCUGGGAUUGAGACAGAGGCUUAACAUCGGGGUUACGGCUUUCUUAGUGCUAGAGUCGUUGGCGUGGGUCAAUGCUCUCCGUUCUGUGUAUGAUGAGAACUGGAGCGUGACCGCUGAGGACAUCAACGAAGAAACCGAGAUUCCGGGAAAGUUCAGUGAGUUUCCCGAGGACGACAAGUUCGCCUCUGCAAAGGACAUCUUGAAGGCCCACUUUCGGUUCGAAUGUCUGAAGCCCCACCAGGAGAACUGGCUGUACCACCCUCAGUAUAUCUCCCGCCAUUGGAUGUCCAUCCAUGAUUACCCUGCCAUCCGUGCUUUCACCAUGGCUGAGAUCGAGCUGAACUUCAUGUUCGAUGUGCUCUACACUAAAGCGCCCACUCUGUACACCAAAAUCAGCCUCAUGGGCCACUUCUGCGGCUUCUUCUGCUUGGUGUCUGCGUUGUGUGGAUUCGCCAUUAUCUUCAAGAAUGCCUUCUUGAUCGAUAUGUAUGUCACCUAUACCUAUGCAAUACUGAUAGCAGUCACAUUAUUUGAGCUUUACCAAAUAAUGGUACUGACUUUUUCGGAUUGGGCAGUGGUGAAGAUGAGUAUGAACCUUAAGGUGCCACUCGUCCAAAGGCUCCUUCCAUGUCUAGCCGAUCGGUGCAUGAGGAAGAAAAGAUGGUCGAGGUCGAUAGGGCAGCUCAAUUUGUUAGACCCCAACCUUUUAUGCAAAGAAUGUCCGAAGCUCAUUGCCACGGUACUUGAUCGGUUUGAUGAAAGGAAGAUCGUCAGGUGGCAUCCGUUUCGCUCCCGCCAGCCUAUCCCCUCGUGCCUCAAGGUGCUGGUGGUUCAAAAGAUGGCGGAGCUAGAGAAGAAAAGACACCACCGGCCCUUCGAAGAAAGAGGCGAGUGGACGCUUGAGAUUCACAACGUCCAAGAAAAACAAGGACUGAGCGGUAGCAUCGAUAUGACAUUUGAUAAGAGCACCAUUAUCUGGCACAUCGCAACGCAAAUCCUUUACACAUUGGAGAGAGAGAACUCCGCCACUUGUAGAGGAAGCAAACUCCUAUCAGACUACAUGAUAUACCUCCUGUCCCGGCAUCCCUAUAUGUUGUCCCUCAACACUGCCGAAAUUAUGCUGGAGUAUGCUUGUAGCAAGCUGAGGCCUUUCUUUAGGUACCGAGAUUAUAACGAAGCAAUUAGCACACUGUUGUCGCGGGAUGGAGAGGUCCCACCCUCCGUGAAACCAAGAAACGAGACGAGGAUUACUCGUGAUUGGGACAUGUUGUCGGAGGUGCAGAAGCUCGUGGUUGACCUGAGGACGAUGAGCGACAAGUGGGAGAUCAUCAGCAGCAUUUGGGUGGAGAUGCUGUGUUACGCAGCAUACAAAUGUCGAGUGUAUCACCAUGGCAACCUACUGAGAAGAGGAGGUGAGCUCAUCACUCAUGUGUGGCUCCUCUUGGCUCACAAGACCGAUAAGCACAAGUCGAGCAUUGACGAGCGUUCUGAAGAUGCUGCCAACACCUCGGCCUCGGCAACUCCUCCCCCUUCAAGAAAAGGUUGUGCUAGUCGCAUCUUGAGGUUUUUUUCGGGGAAGAGAGAUACCAAUAUAUUCGAUAAUCCAUAA